CAUUAUCCUAAUUUCAACCCUCAUUCUUAACCCAACCUCGAUAUAAUCUGCGAGCUUCCGUCGUUCAUUGACGGCUUGGCCUAUCUCUCUAUUUACUCUUGGCUUCUGCAACUGCGAUCCUGCGACCUGUUUCUCACAAAAGCGACCUUGCUAAAUAGCUUCCCGCGGCCACGAUAUGGCCUCCCCACUCACCCAUGACCCUCGGCCUAGCUUCCAACCUAAGAUCGUUUCCCUGUACGAAAACCUCUUUAAGGAUGAGGACGAUGAACAGGAAAAGUCAGAGGGGUUCUGGACAGAGUUCUUCCUACUAAAGUGUCACCCACCCAGUUUAACAGCCAUACUCGACCCUAUAUCCCCGGAUGACUUGUUACACAUGCAGCCCCAAACAAGGCAAUUAUUCUCACAUGCCGUCAAUUGCGUCAAGUCCGGCGGCAGCCCCUCAGAUGAGAUUGCUCUAGAUACAUUGAAUGUGUUCUUACGAGCGGUCUUGGCUAAGCGAUACACCAACCUCAGCUCAGACAUCAUUUCUAUCCUGACAGGAUUGAAUAAAGUGGACUGGGUGUUUACGGACUUUGUUACGUCGCUGGACACCCAUAUCAAGAAUGGCCGGACUGUCGAGCUACGGAGGAAAGCCAUCCAAGUGGCAUUGUGCAUAGCCUGGGGAGCCUUUCAGACUGGCUUGCUUUCUUAUUUUACACAUAGAGACCUAUUCCCUGCGCUUAUGAAGUACACUAACGACCCCGAGACUGCCGGUCUUGCAUACGAGCCAUUCCUAUUGCUUGCCACACUUGCAAACUAUAAUAAAUUUGAAUUCCAGAAUCCGUACCAGAUGAGGUUGGAUGAUUUUGUCAACGAACCCACUAUCAAGAGGAUCGUUCAGGAGAUAGGAUUCUCCUCAGUUCGGUGUCGGGCCGAUUACAUAGCUAUUCAGGACGACCUACCUGAGGGAUGGUCUCUGAAUAAUGUCCUCUCCUAUGUUGGGCUCACCAUGCUAUCUGGGGCUGGCCCCAGGAGUCGCCCGACCUCACCCGCACCAACCCCUACCGCAGAUCCGAAGUUGUCCUUCAAUGAUUUACCAGGACCAAACGCUGCAAUCCUAUUGGCAACAUAUGACUUUGUCAACGCUAACAAGCUAUUCUGCCACAACUUCGUGAACUACCAAGACUCUGACCCGAAAGUCGAGUCCCCCAUAUGUUCUUACAUAUCACUAACAUCUUACCUCCUGCAUCACGCCCAUCGCUCCUCCCGAUCAUCCUUAUAUGCCCGGUUAAACCUUCUAGUUCUGCGCAUCCUCCUGGAAGACCAGUCUCUCUGCAAACGCUUAACAAGCGACGAGACAAAGUCGUUCGUAAGACUAUGCAGGCAGAAACCCCCGCACUUACCUGUCGUUCGCUUGAAGCGGCCGCUUCUAACAGCUGUCAUUGACGCAGUCGUUGACGGCAUCAACCAUAACUUGAGAAAACGUCUGGACGUGGAAUUAUACAGCACAAGUAUCGGCAUACUCUCCCGAUCAAUAUCUUUUUUGAUCCGCAAUAGGACCCGGCUUGCCUACCACUGGACAGAUCUCUGGCGCUCCAUUAUCUCCCUAAUCCGCUUCCUAACAAGUUACUCUUCCGAUCUCAAAGACCUUCCCGAGCUCCCACCCUUCCUAGAUGACCUUGUAAACCUAAUCGCCCUGGCGCUCUCUGCCGGUGACGCAUUCCUUCCCAAUGCAGCCGAAUACGACGACUUAUUCUACAAGCUCGUGGAAGCUGGCGACACGCUCGCUAAAUUCCGUGAUUCCUAUGACCUAACCCCCCGCCCCCAAAACUCCAUCUCAACACUCAUCACCGUGUCAGAGCACUACUACGCCCUCAUAUCGGAGAACCAGAGUAGGACCAAAUCGAAGAACCUAUCACCGCAACAAGUCGGAGAAGUCAUAAAGAGCGGGUACGAAACGCUAUCCAUCACGAGUAAAGACGGACUCGACGCAUGGGAGAGGUAUAGAGAAGCGGAUGAGAGGGCCUUUCUGAAGAGGGCCGCUAGAGUAGCGGUCGGAGAUGUUAGAACUGUCAUGAGGGAAUAAGAAUAAAUAAUCAGUUAACUAUCACAAUGGCGGGGAGUGGCAGGAGUUUUUUUGUUUUUGGUAUGAUAGGACACUUUUUGUCUUUUCGAUGGUUAUUUUAUAUUAUGGGGGGUGAGAGAGUGUUUUUGUUUGGUUGCUUGGUGGGUUGGCGGAUAGAUUAUGAGCACAGUACGAGUACCGUACAUACAGGGAAUGGGAGCACUGGUAGCUGUGUGUAUGUAUUUCUUGUGAAUAUCUUUUUAAGGAGAA